ACCGCGGUACCCGAAUGCUACUCAACGUUCGGAAGUGUGGAGUGCAGUGAAUGUUCAUAAGUGCACUUUGUUAAUUAUUCAAACAAACCUUCACCAAAGUUGGCUCAUCUAACUUCUGAUUAUGUGUUAAAAAUGUAAAUGGCGUGCGUGAUACGUCAACACCUGUGAUGUGCCCUCUAAUAUGCAGUGUGGCGGCUUCUACCUCGUGUGUCUCGCACUAUGCUGCAUUCAUACCGAGUCUGAACCCCUGCGCUUCUCAGAAGAUUAUCGCUCGAAUGUCAGGAGGCGUCGAAGCGAUGAAAAGGACGGCCUCGCUCUGUCCAGAGAGAUAUUCAAAAACAUCACGAAACAUCUCCGUGAAAACAUCAGACGCGAGGGAGCAACUGACAAGAACGAUCAUUUGUUACAGAGCAAGGUAGAAGAAUCAAGGCACUAUGUACCUUACCAAGGGUACCACCAUCACGAACACCAUUGGGGACCUUAUUUCGAAGAAGAAAAGGUCUCGCACAUCUCAGCACAUGUGGGCUCAGAAGCCUUACUCAACUGCAGAGUAUCGAUGCUGAAAGAUAAAACGGUAAUGUGGUUGCGGAACACGACGGAUUCUGCACAAUUGCUCACAGUCGGGCCGGCUACAUAUGCUGGUGACAGCAGAAUAGCUGUCAAAUUCCAAUACCCAAACAAUUGGAGACUAAGUAUGAACCCGGUGAAAGGUUCUGAUGCUGGCCUCUACAUGUGCCAAAUAUCCACUCACCCUCCGAGGACGAUAUUUGCAAAUUUAACUGUAUUGCCCCCACUUAUUACUAUAAACGGUGAUCAAACACAUGAAAUAAAAGAUAGAUUCUACAAAGCCGGCAGUUCCAUAAAACUGUCGUGCAUCAUAUCAGAUGAAUUUUUAAAUUUAGUUCCAACGAAAGCCCCAGUAACGACUUCUACUACUUCAACGACGACACCGUCGACAACUACAACACAAUCUACAACUAGAAUGAGUACAGUAUUCAACAGAAUAGAUGUAAUGUUGAACAAAAGUUGGAGUGUAGAAACUACGACGAUCACUUCAACAGUUAGUAUAAGUACUUCGACGAAGAAGCCAGAAUUGACGACAACAAAAUCGACCACAAUAAAACCGACUACUCCGCCAGUCGUAAACAAUGUGUAUGGACUAACUUGGAAGAAGCAAGGAAAAGACUUCUUUGAAAAAAUCACCUGGAGAAACAUGAGUGCGUCUAUCAGCGUAGCAUCGGCGUCACAAAACGACAGUGGAACCUACACUUGCUUUUUACAAAACCAUUCUCAAGUUACUGUUAAUGUGCAUGUGCUCAUUGGUGAGAAUCAAGCUGCAGUGCAUCACGACACUGGGAACAAAGGCCCACUAUUCUGGCAACCUCAAACAUUAACUUUAGUCUCUUUCAUAGUGUUACUGCUCUUUUUUACUUGAAAUACUCAUGGUUAAGCCAUAGGGAUCUAAAUGUGUUGAACUUUCAUAUUUUACAUGGCAUGAAAUGCCAUUUUGUAUUCCUAUUCGAUUCCUCUUUACAAAGUCAAUGUGAUAUCGACAACAGCACGUGUAAAUUACAGUUUAUUGCCUUAAUUUAAGGUACAAUGUUAUUUGAAAAGCAUGCCGUUUUUACAGCCGUAUUUCCGAAAGUUGCUGUGUUAAAAAUUCCAGCUUUUGAUGAGAGAAUAAAUAUAAAAUACGCAAUUUAUUCAAAAAGCCGUAUCAACUGAAUGUAAAUUCAAUAGGUUAAAAUAGUUAUCAGUCAAUAAUAGGGCUCGAUUUGAGUUUAUUUGCACGUUCGAUGAAAAAAAGAACCCGUUAAACGUUUUUCUACAUUACACUCUUAAGCCAGACUUUUUUCUUUAUUGUGCCAUAUUUAUAACAUAAACUUCUUGUAGCAAUGCCAAUGAAUGAAACUAUAAUUAUAUUGUAUCUCUUUAUUCUAUAGUAAAUAUUCAAAUAUGUUUAAGAAAAGACCAUGAAAGAAGAACCCAACUUGUUGGAAUUUUGACACCAAAACAUAACGUUUAAUAUUUUAGUGAAUGUAAAACAACAAACAAUUCUUGUUUGGAGAUUUAAAACAAAACUAAAUAUAUGUUUUUCUUGUCUUAAAAUAAAAAGAAAUCUACGUAUUAUUAUUAUUAUGUACUUAUGUAUUUUGUUUAUCACUAUACAGAUAAUCUGCCAAAUUUAUCCACAUACCAAGUUAACCGAUCGUAAGUAAACUAUUUAAAACUAGAUAAGAGUUAAUAUAACUUUAAUGUAGAAUGUACAGAGUUCUUAUUGAUAUAAACUAAAAAAAAAUAUUUUUAACAUAAAAUCUAAUAACGACGAUUGAUAGAGGUAAUAACAUCUCUAGGUUAUUAUUUCAUACUAUGAUAAUAAGUGUAUUCUUAAUGUAUUUUAAUACAACUGUACAGCAUAGAACAACGUAUUAGUUCCCUAAUUUAUACAAUUUCAUUGUUUUUAAUUAUGAUGUAUGAAACAAAAAAGGCAAAGCCAAUACGAGUAUAGUACCUACUAUAAUCUUUAAGAUAUUUUAUAUGUUGUUGCACAUUUUUGUUAAACUACACAUUUCUAGUCUGUAAA